AUGUAUUCCUGUGCAAACUAUCCCCGUGGAUGCCGAGGCCGUGUCAACAGGCAAGGAGCCAAGUGCUCUGACUGCGUUUCUCUAAACUUGCGCCGUCCGGCUUUUGCUUCGCCGCUCGCUCAGCCACGCGAGUACAAGCGAGCGCUUCCCUCAGAGCUCUUUGGCGAGCUGUCCUCUAAAGCGUCCGAGCCUGAGCUGUAA